AUGGGCCAGAUGGCAGGCGACCUUGGCUGGCGGCUCAGCCUUUUGCUACUCUCCUUGCUCCUGGCUCGAGCUGGUGUCUGGGGAUUCCCGAGGCCCCCAGGGAGGCCCCUCCGGAGCCUGCAGGAGUUGCAGAGGGAGUUCAAGGUCAGCCUGCAUCUCGCCAGGAAGCUGCUCUCCGAGGUUCGGGUCCAGGCCCGUGACUUUGCUGAAUCUCACCUGCCAGGAGUGAACCUGGACCUUCUGCCCCUGGGAGAGCAGCUCCCCAACGUUUCCCUGACUUUCCAGGCCUGGCGUGGCCUCUCUGACCCAGAAAGACUCCGCUUCCUCUCCAUGACACUUCACCCCUUCCAUACCCUGUUGGGAGGGCUGGGGAGGCAGGGGUUCUGGACCAGUUCAGAGAGGUUGCACCUGUGGGCCAUGAGGCUGGAUCUCCGAGAUCUGCAGCAGCAUCUCCGCUUCCAGGUGCUGGCUGCAGGAUUCAACGUGCCUGAGGAGGAGGAGAAUGAGGAGGGGGAGGGGUUGCUCCCAGGGGCUCUGGGCGGCCCCUUGCAGAUGUCAGCCCAGGCGUCCUGGCCCCGGCUCCUCUACACCUACCAGUCGCUACACUCCUUGGAAAUUGUCUUGUCUCGGGCGGUGAGGGACUUGCUGCUGCUCUCCCAGGCCGGGAACUCAGCCCAGGCCUUGGGGUUCCCCACACCCAGCUCCCAGCCCUGA